AUGGCGGAUGCAGAUUUAGAUGCGAAGGUGCUCCGACAGGUGGAGUACUACUUCGGUGACAUAAAUCUUCCCAAGGACACCUUCAUGAAGAAAACCUUGGAAGAAAACGGUGGCUGGAUGCCCUUUGACAUUUUGCUAAAAUUUAAAAGACUCAAGCAACUGUCCACUGAUAUUGAUGUUAUAAAAAAUGCGCUGAUGAAGUCAGGUUUAGUUGAAGUAGGAGAAAAUGGUGUUCGUCGUGUUCCAUCCAAUCCGGCUCCAGAAACCCUCUCUGAGGCUCUCACAAUUCAUGGAGAUAGAGCUCUCUAUGUGAAAGGAUUCCCUACUACCUUAUCACUUGAUGAAAUAAUUUCAUGGCUUGAGAAUAUUGCCGGAGAGACGUACGAUGUAUUUUGCAAACGUUUUCCAAAUAAGGUGUUUAAGGGAAGUAUUUACGUCACGUUUAAGGAAAAGGAGGCUGCUGACAAGUUCAUGACCUCUCCGGAUUGUGCUGAGUUUAAGGGGAACCCUCUUCUUCGCAAGUGGUACAAAGACUACUUGGAGGACAAGAUAAAGGCGAAACAGGCACGAAUUGAAGAGAAGAAUAAAAAAAAUGACCGUAAGAGGGCUGAGAUUGUUUCCAAGAUGACAGCUGGUGCCCUUAUUGAGUUUACGGGCCUUCCCCCCCAAGUGCCUAGGGCAGAUAAAUCAAAAUCGGAGAAACCCACUGAUGAACCUGAUGACAAGACGGCCGGGGAAUUCGAUGAAAGUGAGAUGGAAAAGGAUUUGGAAUGCAAAGUAGAUGCUUCAGUUUGUGAAAAAGGUGAUGGAAAUCGACAGACAGUCUCGCAUCUCAAAUCAUGGAUAAGUGAAAAGUUGGACGCCAGCAUUCCUGUUGCUUGGAUUGACGUCGACUCCUCGGGAAAUAAGGCGAUAAUCCGUUUUAAAGAGGCUAAUUCUGCUUUGUCGGCUCUUGAAAAACUUACAAAAGCAUUUGAAGGAGGCAUAAUUGUGUACAAUGACUCCCAAAUUAGUGCUAGAUUGAUUGAAGGUGACGAGGAAAUUGACAUUUGGAGAAAAAUCCUGACUACCAUGAAGUCCAAAAAGCGAAAGGCGGGACGAUCCAAUGGUGGGAAGUUCGGGAGCAAACGUCGUCGUCACAAUUAA